AUGGCUGACUUCGAGGCGCCCCCUGGCCCACCGCCUCCCAAGGUGCCGGAGGGAUGGAUCGUUCGAUGGAACGAGCAGUACAAGGAAUGGUUCUACGUCAACAGCUACACGAAGAAGUCCCAAUGGGAGAAGCCUACCGAGCCCGCGCGACCUCCCGAAGACGACCUCGCCCCUCCCGGCGCGCCACCGUCUUACACCCCGGGCGGCCACACUCCCGGACCAACCGACGUCAAGCACAAUCCCUUCGAUCCUGCCCCCGGUAAUCAGGCUGGUGCUGGUCAGGCCGGCGCCCCUUCGUCAUCCGCGGUGUCUCACAACACCGAGGAAGAAGACGCCCGGCUAGCGCGCCAGCUCCAAGCCGAAGAAGAUGCUCGCGCCCGUGGCGCGCACUCUCCGAACCCACCGUAUUCUGCUCACUCCCCCUCCCCCUUCCCAGAGCAACUGCCUCCUCGCCCAGACGGUGGGUCUGCGUAUCCCGCUGGCGGCGCGGGCGGCGACAAAGGACGCGGUCUCCUCGGCAAACUCUUCGGCGGCGGGAAGAACAAGCAAUCCUCGUCCCAUGGCGGCGGUAUGCCCGGCGCGCUGGGCGGGCUAAUGGCGGGCGGCAGCAGUCAUCAUGGCGCAGGGCACCACCAGGGAGGCUAUGGCGGCUACCCCGGCGGAGGCUACGGCGGGGGCGGUGCGUACGGCGCCCCGCCCUACGGAGGAGGGUAUCCGCCGCCGCAGCCGUAUGGUGGGUAUCCGCCCCAUGGAGGGUACUAUCCCCCACAGCAAGCGUAUGGACAUAGUGGGAGGAGUGGUGGCGGUGGCAUGGGUGCGAUGGGAGGCGCGGCGCUGGGCUUGGGCGCCGGCGUGUUGGGCGGCGCAUUGAUUGCGGACGCGAUUGAUGACAGCCAGGACGCUGCUUACGCGGAGGGAUAUAAUGACGGUGCGGACGGUGGCGACUUUGACGGAGGCGACUUCUGA